ACUUGCCAUCCUUCUUGUUAUAACCAACCCUCCGUCUCACUCCCCUUCUGAAAUCUCUCUCUCUCUCUCUCAACUUCUAUUCACACACAUCGGAAAUCUCGAUUCGAUUCUCCAUGGCGUCUGCAAGUUUCGUCAAGCUAAACGCAUCUUCUUCACCUUGGAUCGGUCAACGAUCCUUCGAUCAACGUCCGGGAUCUUCCUCCAGGUUGCCGGCCACUCGUGUAUCUGUUGUUCGUGCGGGAUCUUACUCCGAAGAACUUGUCAAAACCGCUAAAACAAUUGCGUCACCUGGUCGAGGUAUCCUUGCUAUUGAUGAGUCAAAUGCCACUUGUGGGAAGAGAUUGGCAUCUAUUGGAUUGGACAACACUGAAGCCAACAGACAGGCCUAUAGACAACUUCUGUUGACAACUCCCGGCUUGGGUCAAUAUAUCUCUGGUUCCAUCCUAUUUGAGGAGACCCUAUAUCAGUCAACAACAGAUGGAAAGAAGAUGGUUGACUGCUUGCGUGAGCAAAACAUUGUGCCCGGCAUCAAAGUUGAUAAGGGUUUAGUUCCCCUACCAGGAUCCAACAACGAGUCUUGGUGCCAAGGAUUAGAUGGGUUGGCUUCUAGAUCAGCUGAGUAUUACAGUCAAGGAGCUCGCUUUGCCAAGUGGCGCACUGUUGUCAGCGUUCCUUGCGGUCCCUCUGCUUUGGCCGUGAAAGAAGCUGCUUGGGGACUUGCACGUUAUGCUGCUAUUUCCCAGGACAAUGGGUUGGUGCCUAUAGUGGAGCCCGAGAUUCUUCUUGAUGGCGACCACCCCAUUGAGAGGACACUUGAAGUAGCUGAAAGAGUUUGGUCAGAGGUCUUCUAUUACUUGGCAGAAAACAAUGUUAUGUUUGAAGGAAUUUUGCUUAAGCCCAGCAUGGUUACACCAGGGGCUGACCACAAGGAAAAAGCUUCCCCGGAGACCGUUGCCAAAUAUACACUCACCAUGCUGAAGAGGAGGGUCCCACCUGCAGUUCCAGGAAUCAUGUUCUUGUCAGGAGGUCAAUCUGAAAUGGAAGCUACACUAAACCUACAUGCGAUGAACCAAAGCCCCAACCCAUGGCAUGUGUCCUUCUCGUAUGCACGUGCCCUUCAGAACUCCGUGCUCAAGACAUGGCAAGGACGGCCAGAGAACGUUGAAGCCGGCCAGAAAGCACUUCUAUCACGUGCAAAAGCAAACUCCCUGGCUCAGCUCGGGAAGUACUCUGCUGAUGGAGAAAGCGAUGAUGCUAAGAAAGGAAUGUUCGUCAAAGGCUACACCUAUUAAGGUAGUUGCUUCCAUUUUGCCUUGUGCUUGUAAUUCUAGACUUGUUUGAAUAAUCGAGAAAGACGAUGAGAAAACUAAGAACUGACCCUUGAAUAUGUACACACCACCAUCUUAAAGCUGAUGGGUCGUAUACAUUUUUAAAAGAUUCGUACGUAUAAGGCUAGUUUUGUGCAAAUGAGCAUCGAGUUUUGUUCUUGUUUGUGUAA